AUCUCAUGCUAGUCAUCAUGAGCUUAGUGUUCACUGGAACACAACUGAUGUAUGCAUACUCGUUCUUUAGGAACAAUAACCUGAAUCAACUAGAAGAACAGGUAGAAGCUGUAUAUGAACAAUUUUACAACGUUCGGCGGCAAUAUGAGGAUCAAGUCUUCCAUUGCUAUAAGACUGCCAUUGUGAGAGCUGAUAGGAAAGCUCGGGAUAUCCUGAUUGAUAAUCCUAAACUCACAGGUGCACCGUUAACAGCCAAAAUACAGCUGGAAAUAUCUGAGCUUGUCCCUUGGUAUAACUGGACUGUAGUACAGUACAGCGAAAUUGGAAGCAUCUCACUGAGUAAGAGGCAUUGUGCUGUGGAAUCUAGAGGCAAACAGAUCUUCACAGUCAAACGUGGAGAACGUAAAGUACUCGUUUUGUGGGAGGAUCGAGGAAAUCGAGAAUGCUAUGAUGCUGACAAGGCGAAUACUUUUGUUCCGUUUAAGUUAUGCGACGGAUGCAACAAUACGGUCUUUCAGGGUUCCGAGAAAACUCUGAAUGGAAAAAGUUGCCCAAACUAUCUUACAGAAACAGUCCAGGAAACAGAAAGGUCUUGCGGGUCUGACUCUUCCACUUCCGAAGUGAAUGGCCUAAUCAACAGUAACAAGUACUCCUUUGUUGCCGGAGGCUUCAGCAGUGACCAGCAUCCCUGUCGAACACACGGAGAUGAGAUGUGUGGCGGUCAUGGGUCCUGCCAAUCCAUUCCCUACAGUGACGACUAUAUGUGUUUCUGUUCCUCCCAUUUUUGGGGUGAAAGCUGUGAGACUUGGUACAACCCCUCCUAUUCUGUGAAUGUAACUGACAUAAUGGUAAGCAUGAGAGAAUCUUUUGGCAUCUCCAUUGGAGUGCCCGAUGUUGUUGAUGUGUAUCUCGAAAUUCAGAAGUUCCCUAGUCAGCUCCGAGAAAUGCAGACAAGCAUGGCGGCCUCAUUUGAAGUUAACAAUCACCUUACUCUCUAUGGGGAUCCUUUCACCAAAGCAGAACGAGUUGCAGACCUGUACCAUCAACUCCUGAGUGGAAAUAUGACUGAGAACACCUUUGGCGAGAAACUUGAACGGCUUAAUCUUAAUUUCGAUUUCAUUUUCUGGAACCUGAAGAAAAUGAUUUAUGGUGACGGGAUCUUAACCUCAGAUGAUUUGAUGAAUUCAUUUAAGAAAUCACAGACGCCUGCAGCUUGCACAGAGAGUUAUGGUGUAAAGAUUUCUAGGUUCAUGAAAAAUAUUUUGACUUUGACGAAGAAGUUACUGAAGCUCAGCUGAGAUUCCUAAACUGGAAGCGUAGUCGCCAAGACUCUUCAAAUAGCCUGGAAACCUUAGAGCAAAUGAACAGAGUUAAAGACACGGCAGUCAAUCGUCAGCAAGGCUACGUUCGUCACUGGGAGGCUACUUCUUGUCCACAGUUGCAUGCCGAAGACUUGGUCGAAAACUACUGCAGCCAGUCCCUCUCGUACGAGGGCCUGAACCUCACGCUCCACUGCCGGAAUAACAAGGAGCCGACGGCUGCGUCCGUGAGAUGUCAGAAGGAGAGCGGCAAGCUCACUUGGAGCUCCAAGCCCAGCUGCGAGUACGUCUGGGGCCCUUGGAGCGCCUGGUCGACCUGCAGCGCAACCUGCGGUGAAGGCCAGAGGAGCAGGACGCGCCAGAAACCCAGUGGAGAGAUCGACACUCAAACCAAGCAGUGUGAAGAACAGGAAUGUUGCCAAAGAAGGGACGGCAAGUUCCGGUGCCGGAAUGAGCGGUGCAUCUCGGCUGAGUCCAAGUGCAACGGCCACGACGACUGCGGCGACGGCAGCGACGAGAGCAACUGCCCCACGACCACGACCACGACCACGGCCCCGCACCCCGAAAUUACAGAAGAAUAUCUCAGACAGCUUUACGCUUUUGCCUAUUCUUUCCUAAUUUGUAGGUGCAUAAACCAAUGA